UGCAAGAUGACAAUAAGAAGGAAGAAAUAAUGCCAGCUACAGUGGAUGUGUCUCAUGUGAGGUCAGUAAUUGCAUUUGGUGAUGCUUUCGAAUGGAUGCCCCCUCUGUCAAGGUUUUCUGUUCUUCGUGUUUUGGAUCUGGAGGGUUUUCCCAGCAAGAAUAAUUGUCCUAAAGAUCUACGGAAUUUGCAUCAUUUGAGGUAUCUGCAACUGCGAGGUUAUCUUGAAAAAGAGGUUCUAGAAGAAAUUGGAAACCUACGGCAUCUGGAGGUGUUGGAUUUAAGUAAUGCCUACGUAGAUGCACUGCCGGCAAGUAUUGUUAAUCUUACAAACCUUCAGAGUCUACUUGUUGAUUCUGAUAUGACGAUGCCAGAUGGGAUAGGGAAAUUAAGUCUACUGCAAGAAAUGUCAUGGAUUCAGAUUGCACCAAACACUGUAGCUGAGCUAGGAAAGCUUGCAGCGCUGAGGGUGCUCUGCAUACGUGGAUUAGGUUAUGACGAGAGUCAUAACAAGGCUUUUGUCCAGAGUCUCUCUAACCUCGGAAAUCUAGUGGGUCUUUUCAUCUCUCGAUCUGGUUUAUGUUCCCUGGAUGGCUUGUCAGAUUCUGGGCGUGUCCCUGCCCGCCUCAAAUUCUUUCGUGGAACCUCGGCAACCACCUUCCAUCAGUUGCCACGAUGGUUUUCCAAACUCGAACUCCUCUCUGGCUUAACAAUCACUGUUAAUAGAUUCACACAGGAUGAGCUUGAAAUGCUUGGAGAAUUACCCUCGCUGCGUUUUCUUGAACUAGAAGUAUCUGAGAAUUGCACUGCUCAAGAACGGUUGAUGAUUAGCAAUGCUCAGCACUUCCAAUCUUUAGAGGAGAUGAAAUUUUUGGACUACGAAGGUUGUUUGAUGGUGUUUGCUGAACGAGUUAUGCCGAUGCUUCAAAAGCUUAUGUUUUACUUUCAGUUAUGGAAGAGAGUUGGUGGUGGACUAGAUAUUGGCUUGGAGAACCUGACUUCCCUUAAACAUGUCACUGUCCAAGUUGACUGCUACAAAGCAAAAAUUGUGGAGCUGGAGGAUGUGGAGACCAUGUUCAAGGAUCUAGUUCGCAUCCAUCCGAACUAUCCAACUCUUGAGCUGUCUCGAGUGCGUGAAUGGCAAAUGGCAGAGGGUGAGAGCUACAAUAGUCCUGGUGGGGCUUCGGAUCAUGGAAGUUUUGACUUUCCGUCCACCGAUGGUGAAAGCGAUGAUGAUAGUGAGGCUUCAGAGCAAACUUAAGUCUCACCGGACGAUCGAUUGGACUGGCUGAAUAAUCAUAAGUCAAACAUCAAUUAAUCAUAUUUUUCUUUCGAUUUUUGCACCGUCCAUGGUCCGCCCCUGUUUCUAUUUCUAUAGCUCCAGUUCCAAUACGAUGCUUUGUUCAUUGUGCUCUACCAAUGCACAAUCCAAUCUUUCAUUAAGGCA